CACAGUUUCCUUAGCAACGCCUGCUGCCCAGUUAUACGGCAAAGGCUAGAGUGUUGAAUCCGUUUUAUAAUUGAAAAGUUUUGGUCUUUCAUCGAAGCGAAAGCAAAUGCGAACUAUUUUAGUUUAAUAGUUGUGAAUGUGAACACGUCUACGUUGUCGAAUUUUCAAGAGGACUCAACACUUAAAGUAGGACGAUUCAACCCCAUUGUAGAUGGUUUGGUUUGAGAGGUCCAAGGAAGAGCAAAGAUGAGCAAACCACAGAGCCACAGGAGGCCCUCAUCCACUAUGAUGUACCACCUGAGAGCAUCUAAGCCAGAGUCUGAGAGGGACUCCGGUUUCUCAGAUGCCAGCUCUGGGUACCAGAAUGUGAUGGACCAAACUGACUCGGAGGACAUGGUGAGGGCCCCAGGUCCCCAGGUGGCUGUAGCCGGAGGAUCCUACCCUGGCCUCUCCCCCAUGAUCAUCAUGAACAACAUAGUCCUGAAUCUGCCAAGCCCAAUGUCUCCAGUAGUAAAGCCCUGGGGCUUCCCUUCCUCCCUGGAGAUUCUCCCCCAGUCCCAGGUGGUCCUCCUCCAUCCCAUGGUCCCCAACGGCAGCAACAACAUCAGUAACAACAUCUCUCCAAAGCGUUCCUCAGACAAGCACCGGGACUCAAAGAAUAACUACCUGCCCAUACUGAAAUCUUAUCCAAAAAUUGCCCCUCACCCUGGGGAGAGCUCUUCCAGGAGGCAGGGGGCUUCUUCGGCUGAGAGGGGAAGUUCAACGCCUGGGUAUCCCGGGAGGCGUAACCGGUGGUAUCGUCACCAUGGCGACAAACUGUACAGCUCCCAUAGCCCCCAGCCAAGGCCUCUGACACCCCUCCAAACAGUGGCCACCUUAGAGGUUGUUGACAAACAAACACAGCUGGCCAGCUCUCAGAAGCUGCCAAUACCUCAGUUCCUAGGCAUGCCUCACUCCCUGGGCACUGAGGCCACUGCUGUAGUCUCCAAUAAAUGUGCACCUGUGUCGGAGGCGAGCAGUUGCCAAGGCGACAACGACCGCUGCCAAGACGGCCUGUCCACAGACAACAACAAAGGUAAACGCUUCAGCAACACCUACAACAUCCUCAGCAACUCUGGCCUGCUGGGCAUAACGCUACGCAUCAAGGAGCUGAUCAGGCAGAACCGGCGCACCCAGGGCCAUUUGAAGCAGCUGCAGGAGCAGACAGAUCUGUUUGUGGAGGCCCUGGGCAGUGGUGACCCCCUGGUCUGGACUAGGCUCCAGCUGACCCUGCAGCUAGACACAGACCCUGCCAGGGCUGAGGAGGGGCAGUGUCAGGCCAUGGAUCCACAGGUUAUCCUGGCAUAAGACACUAGCAGAAGGAGGUGCAUGGAUCAUAAGCACACCUGCUGUAAACCAGUACAAAUGGAGAAACGUGCUUAACCCUUGAACCCUUGCCUAUAAUCAGUGUUCUGUUUAAA